AAUACCACGCUAGAGGCAAUUCCACUCAUGGACAAGAAUAAGAACGGACGCGGUGGCCUGAUUGUCAACAUUGCUUCCGUGUUGGGUUUGGAGCCCGCACCACCCGCCGCCAUCUACUGCGCAUCGAAAUUCGGUGUUAUGGGCUUCUCGCGAUCAAUUUCCGAUCCUUAUUAUUACAACCUUACCGGUAUUGCGGUAGCCACAUUCUGUCCCGGUUUGACAGAAACGCCGUUGAAGAACAAUAUUGCCACUAAAUACACCUUCGAAUAUUCGAAGGUGAUUGGUGAUAAACUCAACAACACCAAGACGCAGAAACCCGAAGCUUGUGGC